UAAUUGGUUUGUGAUUUGUUUUAGUUGAGAAGGGGAUCGAAUGGCUAGUGUGAAGUAUGCAUGCAUGGUUGUGAUGAUGUGCAUGGCAUUGGUGGGUGCACCAAUGGCCGAGGCUGCAAUCACAUGCGGUCAAGUGGUGAGCUCGUUAUCUCCAUGCAUCCCUUACCUGAGCGGAGGUGGGUCGCCGAGCCCAGGGUGCUGCAGCGGAGUGAAGAAUGUGAACGCCGCCGCCAAGACCACCGCUGACCGCCAGGCGGCGUGCAAUUGCUUGAAAACGGCUGCUGGUUCUCUUGCUGGUUUCAAUGCCAAAAAUGCAGCCUCACUCCCUGGCAAAUGUGGUGUCAACCUCCCCUACAAGAUCAGCACCACCACCAACUGCGCCGCGUAUGUUAACUUAACUCACCCUCACUACUUUAAUGAAUAG